AUGGAGAAGAAUGAAAAAGAGAGAAUAGGAGAGGAUAGGAGUGAGGAUAAGAAGGGAGAAGAGAGAAAAGGAGAGGAUAGGAGUGAGGAGAAGAAGGGAGGAGAGAGGGAAGGAGAGGAUAGGAGUGAGGAGAAGAAGGGAGAAGAGAGAAAACGAGAGGAUAGGAGUGAGGAGAAGAAGGGUGAAGAGAGAAAAGGAGUGGAUAGGAGUGAGGAGAAAAAGGAAGAAGAGAAAGAGGGAGGGGAAUGUGAGAGAGAAGAUAUGGAGAGGGAGUGUGGGUGGAAGAGAGGACGAUCAACGAGUAAACGAGGAUGCCUGAGGCCUCCUGAGGAAAGCCAAGAACACUUCUCGAUAAGAAGCGGCGCGAUCAAAGACGAUCUCUUCUCUCCUCCGUGA